UUUUGUAGGGAGCCGCAGCUUUCACAUCGUAUUAAAUGAAUCUUAACGAGUCCAUAAGAAAUUCUUACUGCUUUCAUCUUCCAGAUCCAGUUUUUCAAACAGCUCCAGAACGUAUCACAACGAAUCUCAUAACGGCUGUCAUCAACAUCCUAGCUGGUCCAAUCGCUAUUAUCGCGAAUGUACUGAUUCUUGCUGCUAUCAUCAAUUGCAGUAGUCUUCGAUCUCCCUCCAAUGUACUCAUAGCCUCGUUGGCGCUGUCUGAUGUAUUAGUCGGCUUAACAGCCCAACCAGGAUAUAUCAGCUACAGGCUCUUAGAAAACCAACAUCAAAGAGUUCCAUGUUUUGUAAUGGUUCUGUAUAGUGUGGCUUUCUACAUAUGUUUUGGUGUGUCUUGCAUGACCUUAACCGCAGUCAGCUUUGAGAGAUUUGUAGCAGUUCGGUUACCUGGCAGAUAUAUCACAUUUUUCUCUCCAAAGCGUGUGGCAGAAUACCUCAUGGGAAUAUGGACAGUGAACAUUUUACUGAGUGCUCUACAAUGGGCCAAGAUAAAUCAAGAGUUUUUUCAGAUUCUGUAG